AUGGACUACGAACGUACACGCCAGGGAUUUGCCUCGUCUCUUUUCUCACAACCUGGCGUAGUAGAGGAACGCGAUACCUCAGCACCGAUGGACGUUGACAGGCCAAGUUACAUGCAAGGGGAAUACGACUCUCCGCCAAGGAAACGACCACAUAUAGAUCCCUCUCCCGGACCGCCGGUCUUCCCACCCUCCCGAACUACACCUGCUUACCCACCGCCAUUCUCCCAGCCCCCACCGUCUAAUACCCCCUGGCUGUUUGACACCGACAGCGUGGCGUUCCAUCCUGGUGCUGUGACUCCCACUCCGGUGGAGGAAAUCAAAGAUGUCGAGAUGUCGAAUGUUACCGAAGGGGAGGAGACGGAAAGAGAGAAGGACAAGGCGGUCAAGCCCGCUGGGAAGAAACCGAAGAAGGCUAAGCAGAGGGAGCCAGAGCAGGAUACGACUAUCGAUCUGGAGGACACAACGGUUAAAGGACGAGAAGUUGCGCUGGGAGGGUAUAAGCGCGUGAUGAAGAAACGGCGUCAGGCUGCGCUCCAGCACCAACCAAACCAGAUACACGGCAAUGGCCAACCGUCGCUCACUCAACAAAUCUUCUGGCCUUAUCCUGUCCCCUCUGCUCCUCCUCUGGUGCGGGAAACAGACUACGCAGGGAGCGUCUGGGCCUGGUGUCGUGCCGUAUUCAACUCCCUUCUCCUCUUGUUUGUCUUCCUCUCCGUCUCCAGCCUCCUGUACUCUGUCUUCCGCGACGUCGGCUCCCGCAUUGAGCACCACAAUAGCGAGUACAGCAUCCAAGUGCAGGAAUGUAUCGACAAGCGACUCAGGAACCAUUGUGAUUCUGACUUUGUGGGGCCGGAACUGCGACUUCAGUGUCUCCAGUGGGAAAACUGUAUCAAGAGGGACACACGUAGCUUGGGAUAUACAAAGGUCAUCGCCCAGGUGCUCGCGGAGGUGCUGGAUGAGUUUGCCAGCAACGUUAGCUGGAGGAUGGUCGCGAUGUUCCUCAGCGCCACAGCGGUCAUCCUCAUCGCAGCCAACUUCAAGCCCUUCCCCGCCCCUGCACGACCUGAACCAUCACAAGUACAACCGUCCCACACCCCGAACUUCCAGUUCGUCCCACCUUCGACGCCCUUCCCCUUCCCGCCUGUGCAGCCCCCGCCUGCCGAGUACGAUAUGAGCGGGCCGAGGAUCGAGGAGCUCGAGGCGGAUGACGAGCGGAGCAUGGACGCGUUGGAUGGGAGGAUCAAGUUACUCGAAGGGCUGAACGGAGGUGGAAAGGGAAGGAAGUGGUGA